GYCUGAAUCGCGAGRAAUACUGUUAACGUACGAUAUUCUGUUGCGUCAACAACACUCAUCGUCCAACGUCUGAACCGGUCAAUUAUUAUUGUUUUUAUGAUCGGGGGGCAGUUAAAACAACAGUAGCAGCAGACACGCGCGGCGAUGCUAGUGGCAGUCUUAAGUAAUCAGUCGUACGCACAUAGUCAACAGACCGAGCACUUUCGGGGAUCAUCGAGUUCAGGAAAAAUAACUGACAAACUCUUUGGUGAAUUCAAAAGCACGUGUAAGUAUAAUGAUUGUACCACUCACCGAUGUUCAGCUGAAAGCGAUUCAAAAUGUUUGUCCAAGAUCAAAAGCUGAAAUUGAUCAGGAUUUAUCCAUCCUCAGACACUGGUUGGAUAAACAGCCACAUCUACCGAAAACAAGUGAUGAAUUCAUAAAAAAAGUUUUGUUUAGCUUAAAAUACCGCACGGAAAAAGUCAAACUUGUGAUUGAUAACUACUAUACUGUUAAAGAAUUAUUUCCUCAAAUUUAUGGAGAUUUAGAUCCAAGAACAGAAUCAUUUCGAAAACACGUAGAAGCAGUUCACAUGUUUCCAUUGCCUAAACUCACACCAGACUUCUACAGAGUGCUCUGUUACCAAAUGACUACAACUGAUGCAAAAGCGUUUUGUCCUGAUAAUCAAUUAAAACGCAAUGAAUUGAUGUGGAAUUGGUUGUUCGAUGAAGACGCAUUGACGUUAGGUGAUAUUUGGAUAUUCGACCUGACAAAUAUGGAUUCGAUGGCUCAAUGGGCACAUUUCAAUCUCAGUUUUAUGAAAAAAAUUCUCAAAAUAAAUAUGGAAGCGAAACCAGUGAGGAUUAAGCGAGUUCAUUUUGUAAACAUAGCACCAAUAGCCGAAACCUCACUUAAUUUUAUUAAACACUUUUUUCCACAAAAAUAUAAGAACAGAAUCUUAUUUAACUCGACUUUUGAAAGUUUGCAAGACCAAUACCCAAUUGAUAUGUUUCCAAACGAAUGGGGUGGUAAAGCUGGAAGUAUGGCUGAACUGAGUCAAAGAAUGCAUGAAGAACUCAUAAAACGUAGAAGUUGGUGCUUGGCAAUGGAAGGAUUGAAAGCCGAUUCUAGUAAAAGGAUCAGUCAUUCUAAGACGGCSGAUCAGUCGAUAUUAGGCAUUGAAGGAAACUUCAAGAAAAUUUGUUUCGAUUAAACGUAUUGCGAUGAAAACAAACAUAUGAUUUUACCUCUAUAUACAUUUUAUAUUAUUGUAUUGUUAAAAAAUUAUUUUUAGUUGUGUAAUUAUUAUUUUUGCAGGCAUUAUAAUAUGAGAUAUUAUGGUUUAUGGUUAAGGCUUAAGAAUCAGUGAUCAAUAAUUCGAAAAAACACUCUGUACUUAUAUGUAUAGAAUAAGGAAUAAUAUAAUAUAAUGUGGUUAACCUAUKUUUUGUUUCCUUGUAUCAUAGAUUGAAAGAYACUAUUGUACUUAUUUAUACUAUAGUU